AUGUCUAGCUCUGCAAAAUCUUUGGAACCUGCAUUUCAAGGAGCGGGUCAGAGAAUGUAUCCUUACAAUGGGACUGAAAUUUGGAGAAUUGAGAAUUUCCAGCCAGUUCCUUUGCCAAAAUCUGGCUAUGGUAAAUUCUACUCCGGUGAUUCAUACAUUAUAUUGCAGACCACUCCUGGCAAGGGAGGUGCUUAUUUAUAUGACAUACACUUUUGGCUUGGAAAAGAUACUAGCCAGGAUGAAGCUGGAACGGCAGCUAUAAAAACUGUGGAACUGGAUGCAGUUCUUGGGGGGCGUGCAGUACAGCACAGAGAAGUUCAAGGUCAUGAGUCGGACAAAUUUUUGUCGUACUUCAAACCAUGUAUUAUACCACAGGAGGGUGGUGUUGCCUCUGGAUUCAAGAAACCAGAGGAGGAAGAGUUUGAAACACGGUUAUAUGUCUGCAGAGGAAAACGAGUUGUCAGAUUGAAGCAGGUCCCUUUUUCUCGAUCCUCGCUUAAUCAUGAUGAUGUGUUUAUCCUGGACUCUAAAGAUAAGAUUUUUCAAUUCAAUGGUGCAAACUCCAAUAUACAAGAAAGGGCCAAGGCAUUGGAAGUAAUCCAGUUUUUAAAGGACCAGUAUCACGAGGGGAAGUGUGAAGUUGCAAUUGUUGAUGAUGGAAAACUACAAGCCGAGUCAGAUUCUGGUGAAUUCUGGGUCAUCUUUGGUGGAUUUGCUCCAAUUGGAAAAAAGGUAGCUAGUGAAGAUGACGUUAUCCUGGAGAAAACUCUUCCCAAACUCUAUAGCAUUGAUGAUGGUCAAGUUAAGGGUGUAGAUGGUGAACUUUCCAAGUCUUUAUUGGAAAACAACAAAUGCUAUCUAUUGGAUUGUGGGGCUGAGGUGUUUAUUUGGGUCGGUCGGGUAACACAAGUGGAGGAUCGGAAAGCUGCCAGCCAAGCUGCUGAGGAAUUUGUUGCUAGCCAAAACAGGCCAAAGUCAACACGUAUGAUCCAGCUAAUUCAAGGUUAUGAAACACAUUCCUUCAAGUCCAACUUUGAUACCUGGCCAUCAGGUUCAGCACCUUCUGCUUCUGAGGAGGGAAGAGGAAAAGUAGCAGCUAUGCUAAAGCAGCAAGGAGUUGGUGUCAAAGGAGUGACCAAAGGUGCUCCUGUAAAUGAAGAAGUCCCACCUUUGCUUGAAGGUGGUGGAAAAAUUGAGGUAUGGCGUAUUAAUGGAAGUGCCAAGACCUCAGUGCUCAAAGAGGACAUUGGCAAAUUUUACAGUGGAGAUUGCCACAUCAUUCUUUACACCUACCAUUCUAAUGAUAAGAAAGAAGAUUACUACUUGUGCUGUUGGAUUGGAAAGGAUAGCAUCGAGGAAGACCGAAAAAUGGCUGCUCGGUUGGCUACUACAAUGUCCAACUCACUGAAGGGCAGACCUGUGCAGGGUCGCGUAUUCCAAGGGAAAGAGCCACCACAAUUCGUUGCUAUCUUUCAGCCUAUGGUGGUCCUUAAGGGUGGAAUGAGUUCUGGGUACAAACACUAUAUAGCAGACAAGGGUUUGAAUGAUGAAACUUACACUACCGAUUGUGUUGCACUCAUUCGGAUAUCAGGAACUUCUGUGCAUAACAAUAAAGUUGUGCAAGUUAAUGCGAGCUAUUUACCUUCCAUAAUGAUGGCGCAGCCAUUGGUUGCAACCUCAUUGAACUCAAAUGAGUGUUUCCUUCUACAAUCUGGCUCUUCAAUAUUUAGUUGGCAUGGAAAUCAGAGUACCUUUGAGCAGCAGCAGUUGGCUGCAAAAGUUGCAGAAUUUUUUAAGGUUGAGGAAGUUCACAAUUUUUCUCAAGAUGACCUGUUGACUGAGGAUAUCUUAAUUCUAGACACGCAUGCUGAGAUCUUUAUUUGGGUUGGUCAGUCUGUAGACCCCAAAGAAAAGCAAAGUGCUUUUGAAAUUGGGCAGAAAUACAUUGAGAUGGCUUUAUCUUUGGAGGGUUUGUCUCCGAAUGUGCCCCUGUACAAAGUCACAGAAGGAAACGAGCCUUGCUUCUUCACAGCAUUUUUUUCAUGGGAUCCUGCAAAAGCAACUGUUUAUGGAAAUUCAUUUCAAAAGAAGGUUAUGCUUCUUUUCGGGGCAGGUCAUGCUGUGGAGAACAAGUCCAAUGGGACAAACCAGGGAGGACCAACUCAAAGAGCUUCAGCCUUAGCUGCGUUAAACUCUGCAUUUAGUUCAUCUCCUGGGCCAAAAUCUACUGUUGCCAGGAGGCCAUCAGGAGCAGGCCAGGGAUCACAGAGAGCUGCUGCAGUGGCUGCUUUAUCAUCAGUUCUUAGUGCUGAACAGAAGCGGUCACCUGAGGCCUCUCCUGCCCAAUCUAGUAGAAGUCUGCCAGCUGAAGCUAGCCAUCCUGUGGAAACGAGGAGUGAAAAUGCGGUUUCUGAGGUUGUGGAUUCUAAUGAAUCUUUGGAAGUUAAGGAGACAGAGACUGUCACUGAUAUAGUUGAACAUGUCUCGGAGGUUAAUGGAGACGAGUCAGGACCGAAGCCAGAGGCAGAACAGGAUGAGAAUGGUAGUGAAAGUACUCAAAGCAUGUUUAUUUAUGAACAGCUGAAGGCUAAAUCUGACAACCCAGUGACUGGAAUUGAUUUCAAAAGACGAGAGGCUUAUCUGUCUAAUGAGGAAUUCCAGGCUGUACUGGGGAUGACGAAAGAAGCAUUCUAUAAAUUGCCUAAAUGGAAGCAAGAUAUGCACAAGAGGAAAGUUGAUCUAUUCUAGAAACUUGAAUUCACCCAAAUCGAGUGACUCUCUGUUGAAGUAGCAUAGUUCUUAUAGGUUCACCAUGCUCAGAUUGGCAUAUCUUGUGUUUUGCUGUCUGCCUUUUGAUGACCCUAGCUGUACUAUCUAUUGGUUUUGAUUAUGUUGUGCCCGCUUGAAGAGUGUUCCCCCCCACCCCCCCACCCCCCUCUUUUUUGACUGCUG